CGCUCACGCCGAGCGGGCAGGGUGGAGAGCGCAGGGAACGCGCCCCGAGCUGGCUGGGGAGGCCCUGCGGAGAUGCCCCGUGUCCCCCUGACAGGCGUGGGUUCUUAGAGUCCGCAGAGGCCUCCCCUGUCCCGGAAGCCCGGAAAUAUCCGUAAUCUACCCCUGCCUUGGGUCCAGCAAAACUUUGAAGCCUGCUAAGGCGGCGAGUCUGCAGACAGGUGACCCGGCAGGAGCCUGGACACUUUGCUGGGGGCAACCAUUUCAGUGCCCGCAGAAUGGAGUCCGGCGGGCCUGGGGCCAAACGAGCGGUGACAUCGUGAGGCGCAGGGCCAUCCACACGGUUAAGAUGGGACAAGCUGCCGCUCACCGGCGCAGUUUGUCCUUGCACGGUUCUUCAGAGUUCUGAUUUUCACUUCUGAUUUCACCAUGGAUGAAGCGAUCUUCCGAUGAGCGUUUCCACAGGCCCGAGCAUCACCGAUGUCGUCCAGUGAUGGAAGAUCCAGGACUCGGGACCGGGGCUACAGCGAGGUCCCCGGGGACGCGCCCCGUGGAGACGGCACCCUGAGAACCCUGCAGAGCCUUCAGGACAGCGAGCUGGCCCUGAGUGCCGAUCCCCUGCCCCCGCCCCCUCUCCCGUUACAGCCACCCUUCGGCCCCGACUUCUACUCAAGUGACACCGAGGAGCCUGCCGUCGCCCCGGAUCUCAAACCUGUCAGGCGCUUCGUCCCCGACUCCUGGAAGAACUUCUUCAGAGGCAAGAAAAAGGAGCCGCAAUGGGCCAAGUCCGUGUCUGACAUCAGGUACAUCUCCGACGGCGUGGAGUGCUCCCCUCCAGCCUCCCCGGCCAGAGCCAACCACCGCUCCCCGGCCAGCUCCUGCAGAGAGCCCGACGGUGGGUCCGGAGGAACCUUCCACUCCCGGAAAGAGGCGGAUGCCAUGAUGGCCCACGAUCCCGACGGCUCCCUGGGGCGACACACGCAGUCGGCCCGGACCUACAGCGAGAAGGUGGAGGAGUACCACCUGCGCUACUCCUACAUGAAGUCCUGGGCCGGCCUGCUGCGGCUGCUGGGCGUGGUGCAGCUGCUGCUGGGGGCCGGCGUCUUCGCCUGUGUCACUGCCUACAUCCACAAGGACAGCGAGUGGUACAACCUGUUCGGCUACAACCAGCCCUACGGGGUGGGAGGCGCGGGCGGCCUGGGCAGCAUGUAUGGGGGCUACUACUACAGUGGCCCCAAGACCCCUUUCGUGCUGGUGGUGGCUGGCCUAGCCUGGGUAGCCACCAUUAUCAUUCUGGUGCUUGGCAUGUCCAUGUACUACCGGACCAUUCUCCUGGACUCCCACUGGUGGCCCCUCACGGAGUUUGGCAUCAACGUGGCCCUGUUCAUCUUGUACAUGGCCGCAGCCAUAGUCUAUGUGAACGACACCAACCGCGGCGGCCUCUGCUACUACCCGUUAUUCAACACGCCCGUGAACGCGGUGUUCUGCCGGGUGGAAGGCGGCCAGAUAGCCGCGAUGAUCUUCCUGUUUGUCACCAUGAUAGUGUAUCUCAUCAGUGCCCUGGUGUGCCUCAAACUGUGGAGGCACGAGGCGGCUCGCAGACACCGGGAGUACAUGCAGCAGCAAGAGAUAAAUGAAUCAUCAUUGCCAUCGAAAAGGAAAAUGUGUGAAAUGGCCGCCGGAGACAGACAAAGAGACCCAGAAGUUCACUGCAAAGAGCUGAGGACAACAAAAAUGAAACCUGAACUCCUGAGUGGCCACAUCCCCCCGGGCUACAUCCCUAAGCCCAUCGUGAUGCCCGACUACGUGGCGAAAUACCCGGCCAUCCAGACGGAGGACGAGCGCGAGCGCUACAAGGCCGUGUUCCAGGACCAGUUCUCCGAGUACAAAGAGCUGUCGGCCGAAGUGCAGGCCGUGCUGCGGAAGUUCGAGGAGCUCGACGCCGUCCUGAGCAGGCUGCCGCACCGCUCCGACAACCGCCAGGAACAUGAGAGAAUUUCAAGAAUCCAUGAAGAGUUCAUGAAGAAAAAGAACGACCCUUCAUUUCUGGAAAAAAAAGAACGCUGUGAUUACCUAAAGAACAAACUCUCCCACAUAAAGCAAAGAAUUCAAGAAUACGAUAAAGUAAUGAAUUGGGAUGUACAAGGGUAUUCGUAAACUGUACUUGAAACUACUUUUUAAAACAGUGAAUUUACUAUUUAUUUGCUGCCUUUUUGAUACUCAUCUCUGUGGUAGAGGAGCAGGCGCUGUCUGAAUUGCUUCCAGUUGGGUAACCCGGGAUGUAAUGGUAACCAGCGUGACUCAGACAUUCAAAACGCGUUCAGGAUUCCCCACGGGCCUGUGCUCGAGUGGAGGUCUUCUGUGUCCGUGCGUGCAGCCUCACGGGCGUCUGUCUCCUUUAAAUGUGGUGUCAUCUCAGAGACCCUGCCCUUGUGUGAGGAGCCCGCAGGUUUUCCUGGGGAAAUUUUCAUAAGAGAAAUCGCCAUGCAUUCUUCUCAGCAGGAAGCGAGUGACACCUUUUCACAGUGUCAGUUCUCCCCGGGGAGGGCUUUGAACCCCAGAUCUACAUUUUCACACUUUGUCAUCCUAGGCAGCUUGGUCUCUGUGCCCGUUUCCCCUCCUGAUAGUACUGACCUCAGGGGCGGCAGGGAAGAGCAAGUAACUUCGCAUUUGUAAAGCAUGUAGAACGGGAGCGUUAUAUUAGCACUGGUGGGUUGAAUAAACUACGGCCAAUGAGCCUCAAGAAAGCAUCCUUAAUGAGCAAGCUCACCGGCUACCAUAACACCAGGUCUUUGUGCGUGUGUGCUGUCAGCACUUACCACACGUGGCCUCAGGCAGGUGCUUCUUGGGAGCUGUGUCCCAUGGGUGCAGCUCGGCCGCCUGUUUGGCGUCUGUUCCCACAGCCCAGCCUGUGCUGCAGGCAUCACGUAGCAUCGCAUGGCUGUUGUUGCCUUUCUCCCCGCUUUCAGGAGCCCCCCCCGGCCCCUGGGAUGCUACCGUUACAUAGACUCUCCCUUGGGUUUAUCGGGAUGUUUCAUCUUUCCAAGAAUUAUCUUGGCUUUAGGGUUUUAUUAGUAUGAAAAAAAUGAUUUUCUAAGUUCGUCUUCAUCGGAUCCCGUUCAGCGGUCUCUAUCUCGUAGAUCAGUUCCCAGGUGUAGAAUUACAGUUUUUGCCAGGGACAGACAGUUGUCAUUCAAGCAGUAUUCACAGGAGCUUGCUGAGUGAUCAAACCAAGUGGAAAAGCAGAAGCCCCGAAGGUGUUGGCACUGCAUGGACUUCCUGGUUUUACUUCACUGCUGUCGACUGUUAAAAUACGAAUCCUGUGGUUCGCAGACUGGAGGACCUGUGCUGUGUCUUAAGAGGUAGUAUCGGGCUAGCGCUGUGGCGUGAUGGGUAAAGCCAUUUGCAGCCAUCUGGGGAGUGAACCAUUAGAUGGAAGACCUCUCUCUUCCUCUCUCUCUCUCUCUCUGCCUCUCUGUAACUUUGACUUUCAAAUAAAUAAACAAAUCUUUAAAAAAA